CACGGGGCCAAUCAGAUAAUCGCGCCCGUCCUCGCACCGGCACUUGGCUGCCAAUCACAGGUGGCAGCUAGCGCGCGUGUGGGGGCGUCGGCGGCGCCUGGGGCCUGAGGAGGUGUCGUUGCCUCGGGCUUCGCUGAGGGAGCACCUCUGGCCCGGUGCGCCGCCGGCCGCGCGGGCACCGCUGCCGCCGGGGACGGGAUGUGACCUUCCCCUGCGUGGAAAAACUCAAGACCUCAGAACAUGGGGAGCGCGGGCCUGAGGUGGCAGUUUAUAUAAAGAAAGCACUGGGACUUGUGGCUACACCCUUCAAGAAUAAAAAAAAAAAAAAUUAGAAAAUGGAGCCACCAUGUAUGUUAUUUGAGGAAGAACAAGAGCCAGAACUACAGAAAAGCAUAGAAGAAACCAAACAAGUAGAUGAUGAAGAUGCUGAACUAAUAUUUGUUGGAGUGGAACAUGUAAAUGAAGAUGCUGAGCUGAUCUUUGUUGGGAUGACCUCAAAUUCCAAACCAGUUGUUUCAAACAUUUUGAACAGAGUUACCCCAGGUUCAUGUUCAAGGAGGAAAAAGUAUGGUCAGUUUAGAAGAGAUAAUGCUCAUAAAUUUCAACCUAUAAGCUGUGUGACACCUUCAUCAGAAGCAGUGACUUUCUUGGCAGUUUCUGACUCUGAAACAAGAUCAGGAGAUAGUCCUAUUAUUAUUGAGCCUUUGUCUAAACCUGAUUAUAAAAAUUAUUCACCACAAAUUGUGCCUGAUAAUUCUUCAGAGUUAUGUUCUCCUUUGAUUACUUUCACAAGUUCAUUGCAGCAUCCAUUACGUACAGCACUUUCUGCAGGAGAUAUGAAUAAAAGUCAAGUAUCAAAGAGACUUUCCGCUUCUGAAACAAAUAGCACAAAUCCCAAAAGGUGUAAACUUAGUGAUGGAAUCAUAGGGGGACAUUCUUUAGCUUUGUCCUCUUCAGGUAUCUUUCAAACAGUGACUAGUCAGCAAAGCACACCCUCAAACAGUAUUCAUACCUCAUUAAGCCAUGUUCAAGAUGGGGAACCUUUUCCUUUAAAGGACAUUGUCCAUAGUAAGCCUAUAAAUCCUUUUGGGGAAAACGGACCAGCGAAAACAGCCUUUUCAAGUCUAGCAGGUCAAAACAAGACUGUUGAUCCCAAAAAAGAAAAUCUGAUUAUGUUACUUCAUGACUUUUACUAUGGACAGCAUAUAGGAGAUGCACCAGAACUGAAGACACACACAGCCUUUAAAUGCCUCAGCUGCUUGAAAGUUCUAAAAAAUGUCAAGUUUAUGAAUCACAUGAAGCACCAUUUGGAACUUGAGAAGCAGAGGGGUGACAGCUGGAAAAACCACACCACCUGCCAGCACUGCCACCGCCAGUUUCCCACUCCCUUCCAGCUGCAGUGUCACAUUGAAAGUGUCCAUACUUCCCAGGGACCCUCCCCAGUCUGUAAAAUCUGUGAAUUGUCUUUCGAAACAGAUCAGGUUCUCUUAGAACACAUGAAGGACAAUCAUAAGCCUGGCGAAAUGCCCUAUGUUUGCCAGGUUUGCAAUUACAGAUCAUCAGCCUUUGCCGAUGUGGAAACACAUUUCAGGACAUGCCAUGAAAACACUAAGAAUUUGCUUUGCCCGUUUUGUCUGAAAAUUUUUAAAACUGCAACACCAUACAUGUGUCAUUAUAGAGGACACUGGGAAAAGAGUGUUCACCAGUGUUCCAAGUGCCGGCUACAGUUUUUAACUUUCAAGGAGAAAAUGGAGCACAAGACCCAGUAUCAUCAAAUGUUUAAGAAGCCCAAGCAACUAGAAGGAUUGCCUCCUGAAACAAAAGUUGUUAUUCAAGUGUCGCUGGGGCCUCUUCAACCAGGAUCAGUGGAAGUAGCAUCCAUUACUGUGAGCACAUCUGAUUCUGAACCAUCACCCCCCAGGUCUAAAAGUAGAAUUUCAAAAAAACCCCGUUAAUUCUACUUUGAGUAAAUAUGAAGCAAGUAUUUCAAUCAAAAAUUAAAACCCAUAAAAUCAAAAAAAUCCAAACCAUAACAUUAUUCAGUAGCAUAUAGUGAAACCUGUGGGUCAUUUAUGAGAUUUUUUUUAAAAUUCAUGAAAUAUAGUAUUGUUUGAUCUGAAUUUUGAGGUGUUAUUUAAAAAUAUAUUACCUGCUUAUUGUAAUAACUCUCUGGCUUAACACAUGAAAAGUGUGUGUAAGAGAAAAAAGUGAAAACUUAUUUAUUGAUAUUUCAUGUUAUUUGUAAUUUUGAAGCUCUUCUAUAUAUGGAAUCCGUAGAAUUUUUUAACAAAAUUUUAUUUUCAACUUUUUCUGUAUUGAAGAUUUCAAUAUUAAUUAUAGCCAUACUGGAAUGGCUUUAUUGUGGUGUGGUCCUGUUUGCUGCUAAACUCCUAGAAGUGCCUCUGUUGUGCUGUUCUAAAAUAACUUGGCUCUGAAAGCCAGGGUGUGUCAAAGUUGAGGGAGAAGCUGUGGCAUUGAAUGGGGAUCAGAAACUGAAAGUUUAGUCAGCAGAGAGCAGUGGCUCCUUGUCCUGGUCGAGGAAGAGGCACACAUACUCACUCUAGGCUUAGAGCCAAGGCAGCAGGAACACUGUCUCAGAGUGUCUUUACCUAGCCCAGGAACAUCCAAGAAAACCAGGCUUAAUUAAAGUAAAAUGCCUGUUUGGUGAGGGCCUCUGCAGGCAUCAGACAGGCAUUGCAUAUCUUUGGCUUCAGAUGGAGAAGCAGAGAUAAUUAAUAGAACAGGCCCUUGUGCCAGUGGACCUCUUGUUGCAUGAUCAAAAGGGGAGUUCAGUUUGUGCCCUCUUCUCUCUCAUCUGGCUGGCUUUUAGUCAGAAUAAACUAGCCAUAUGCCUCUCGGAGCAGUAAAGUAAAGGUUCCCAAGGAAAAGAUGCCCUGACAUCCACAGUUUGAACUGUAGUGGACCCAUAGUUUGAACUGAAAGGGGCCAAACACAUGGAGUCUUUCCAGUUUAUGAACUGGGUUAUAUUUAGUUCUGUUACCCUUAAGCUGGAGUGGGAUUGUCCAAGAACAGUGGAUAAAAAUAGCCCAGGGUGAUUAAACCCAUUGUAAGGUUUUUUCCUUACAUUUUUUCAUGUACAUGUAUCUUACCCUAGUUGAACAUGUGAAGUUUGCAAUUUUGUAUCUUGCCUUGGACAUAAUAUAUUACAAUUAAUAGUUAUUUCUCUUGUGUGUAUAAUUUAUGGUUCUAUCAAACUAAUUGAGUUUUUGUUGUAAUUGACACACUCUAAUGUGUGAGAAAUAGCUUGUUUAUUUCAAUAAUUAUCAGGUCUUAGAGUUACUAUCUUUCACCUAAUAUAUCCACCUGUCUAAUCUCUGAUUAUACUAUGGGGGAACGUUUUUCCUUGUCAUCUCUGUGGGCGCCUUCACAGAACUGUGGGGUACCCUCUGAAUAUUGGUUCCUGAACAACAGCUUUGGUUGCCUCCUUGGGGUUCCUAGAGUUGUCUCCCUAUGCGUGUUGUAGUGCUAUCUGUCUUGCUCCACCUCUGACCUAGGUACCUAGCAGAAGGAACCACUCAAGGAACCUGGGAUGUAUGCCAGGAGAAAUCUCUCCUUUUUUUCUCUUUCUUCUUCUUUGUCUCUUCCCACCCCAUUUUUCUCUCCUCAGUGUAAUUCAAUUCUCUAGGCUUUUACAAGAUGCUAGCAGUUACAAUCAUCAAGGGGUUGGCAUCCCUCUUAGAAUUGAGGACGAAGGACUGAAAUAACAAGGUUGCUAUAAGUAUAUUGUCCAUAUUUUAGAUAAUUUACUGAGUGUAGAUUUUGAUGUAUUUAUUUGCUCAAUGCUUGAUUGAUUGAUUGAUUUGCACUUUGAAUAUUUUACUAGGCCUUUCUAGUUACUUUGCUUGGGCCAAAGCACUUUGCUAAAAUUUGGGCUUGAACCCUUUUCUUUAGGUAUAUAGAGAGAGAGAGAGAGUGUGUGUGUGUGUGUGUGUGUUCUGGUCUCAGGUGGAACUUUAUAUAUAAGUAGAUGUGUAUAGACGUUUGCAUAUUUACUUCCCUUAUUCUGUCCUAUGGUAAAUAUAUGAAUGUUUUAGUUCUGUGUUUUUGCGGUUAUUUGGUGUUACCAACACAGUUGUUGUUUGCUCUUUUACUAAAGUAUGCUCCUAAGGAGUGCAAGUUGUUAUUUAUUGCCAACUAGGUUUGUGUGAUAUGGCCCCUGACUACCUCCUCUCUUCCAUUCUCUGUCAUGCUACUCUACCAUUUUCCCCACUGGUACCCUGUUUUUGACACACUGGCCCUGCUUUUCCUCAAGCAAAUUCCAUUUCUUCCCAAUCCAAAGAUUGCAAGUGCUGUUCUCCUUCUUAGAAUGCUCUUCUCCUAGGCCUGCAUGGCUUGCUACCUCGCCUAAUUAUUUGACACUUGACUUUAGUAUAUUGAGCUUUACCAGUGUUGUUAAAAUCACACCAUGAAAUUUCCACCUGCCCAUUUUUCCUCCUCCUCCUUAAAGGCACUUUAAGUCUCUGCACUCUUGUUCUCUCCCCAAAUCUAGUUAAAUUUCCUAGGUUUUCAUAAAAAACUGGGAAGAGAUAAUCAUCAAGGGCUUUGCUUCUUAGAAUUGAGUUAGCUUGAGUCAGUUUUUGUGCCUGCAACCAAAAGACAAUUAAUAGUGAGUUGAGUUCUUUCAGGAGCUUUCUCUGUUUUUCUAUUGAUACCUCUGUAUUUUUUUAAGGCAGUGCUACUUUGUUUUGUUUACAGAUAUAUUGAGUAUCUGUCAAGAUUACUAUUUUGUUAUUGCCCUUUGUGAAUUUCCUUGUCUAUUUUGCUUGUUCUUUGAGAUAAAAUUUAUUAUUUUAUUAAUGUUGCCAAAAAUUGUAAGCAAAACUAGCAGUUAUAGAAAUAAAUUUUUUUUUGAAAAAGU